GUUGUGAUGAAGUCCAAAGCGAGAGGGAGUUUUCGGUUUUAUCGCCUCGAGAGAUCGGGAUCCCUUCUUUCAGACUAACCUAGAGCCAGCCCGCUGAAAGAAGCAUAAAUGCCAUUAAGGUAGCUCAGACAUCGACUCCUUUGGAAAUUCCUGUUGGAGAUCAAUUUAAAAAUUUGGCGCUUAGUAACACAAGACGGAACUUGAGUACCCGUGAUGAACCGCCAGAAUGAUUCUUCUACCUUAAAUACCUUCAAAAGAAAGGAAGAGACUCUCAUAACUGAUAUUUACGGAAAAAGAUCAUCAACUCUCUAGAAAAUAAAAAGUGUGGAUACCACAUCAUUUCAACAAUUCACGGUACAAAAAUUGUUGCAAUGUAUCCAAACAAACGGAGUUUCGUUUUAGCCGUGAUAGUUGUAAUACCAUACAUUGGCUUGUUAAUUUGGCUCACAUCCAGUCUUCGGAUUGAUUCUAUAAGGCAUUUCCACAAGCUUACGAACCCAACUUUUGUGAGGAAGCACUACGUCACCGAGAAUUUAAGACUCUUAGCUAAAGAACUGUCCGAGACACAGCGCAGCCUACAACACUCGCAAUUACAUUUCUACCGUUUAGAAAAACAUAUUCAACUUGUCAAGGAGUUAAUAAUAUCCACUGAUGGAAAUUUAACUGAUGAUCUGAAAAAAAACAAUUCAGCGGGCAGUUCUUCCGUAAAUUAUUUGCUAAAGAAAGAGGUUUGCGCUGAGAAAUUCAUGGCACCGAGUUGGGAGUACGUGUUUCCCCGGUUUAGGAAAGGUUUCGACCGAGUAAAUUGUUCAGACUUUGUUCCACUGGACCAGCUUGUGACCAUGAUUGUUACAUCACCUGAAGAGAUCUCGACCGAAAAUUUACAAAACAUUUUUAAAGGCAUCGUAAACUAUUAUCCAAGCGUACCAGUAAUGUUUGUGUCCAAGUCGAAGACAAAUUUAAACUUAAAAGAAUUUGGGUCAAACAUAACCAACGUGGUAUUCGAUGACCUAACUCACGGAAAAACAUGGUCGAUGUUACUCAAAACAGUAUCCACGCCCUAUGUACUAUUUGCACCGGAUAUUACAUACUUCACUGAUGAUGUAAAUGUUGAGCGACUCAUUCGGGUGCUCAGCGAGAACAAAGAUACAAUCAUUGCAGGAGGGAGUCACAAAAAUCAACGUGGCGAAUGGGACAAAGGCUGUUUUCAAGUGAAUUUCAGAAACUGGGUUGCUUUUUUUCUGGAUGGUUAUUAUCGUUCGUUUACCGAUUGUUUAGUGUGUGACGUGCUUCCAGGUCCAUUUAUGGCGAAGACGAAAGAACUUAAGGAACUUGGAUUUGAUGAAAAACUGCCUUUUGGUGCCUUUCUUGAUAUUUUCUGGCGAAUAAAACUGAAACAUCCAGAGAAAGUCGUUGUCAGCUGUCCAGACGUUAUGUUUGAGACUCAUGUGCAAGAAAUUCCGCAUGAAAAAUAUGUGGCCUUGGCUAACAAGUGGGAUGUCAAAAAAUGGAUCAAUUCCGACGGAACGAUCCGCUGGUAUGGCUGUAGGAGAGGCGGGCGGCCCAAUGAUAACACCGCUAGUUGUAGGAAACAGUCAGGGCUCCUUGUCCCUCCUUGUGAUUUGGAGAAUCUCGCAGAUAUGAUCAAAUUUGUCAUGAAGGAGUGUGAAAACGCAGGGCUUUUGUGCGAGUUAAAUGAAGGAUCACAAUUAGGUGCUGUUAAGUUCCAGAGAGUUUUACCGUGGGAGGUUGAUGCAGACAUUCACUUCCCUAAUGAUAACUUUACGGCUAUGUUCGGGCUUAUUCCAAGAUUUAAAGCGGCCGGUUACAGAGUUAUUUCAGAAAGAACAGAGGGAUGGAGGAACGGUCAUAAGGUCUUGGGUGCUAUUUUACUAUAUAAAAACGGAUGGAAACUCGAACUUUAUGGUCACGAUAUCUUUCAGAGCGCGGAACUUGUCGCAAGCGGUAAAAAGCCAACAAAAGUCAAGUUUGCUGGUAUGUGGUUGAAUGCUUUUCGUAACCCAGGACUCUCCAUGCGGAAUCGCUACGGGCCAGAGAUAUACCAUCAUGUACAACAUUCAUCGUCAGGUGUAUACAAAUCGGGAGUCUUUUCCAAAUGUCCCACGCCGGGUCACUCAGCAUGUCUUGAUCAGCUUCCUGCCGACGGUAGUUUACAGUUCAGCGACUUUUCCAUCUAGUAAACUAAGAUGCCUCCUCACUGAAAAUGGAUAUUUGGUUAUUGGAAUUGAGAAAUGGUAGCCAAUAUAUAGUUUUCUGUUCUUUGACAUAGUGUCGUAAGAUGUUCCCAAUCAUCACUUUGUUCCCUUAUUAACAAGAUUUGUUUUGCUUUCCCGUGAAAAAUAUAUUUAAAGCUGACAGUGUAGUAACUAUUUUUAAAGAAAUCACGAACAACUUGUUUUAUUUAUUAUUUGGGAAUAGUACAUUUAUGAUAAAAGUUCCAUUAGUACAGCUGUAGCCGCAACUUGUUUUAAUAGACAAACAUGCCAAGCUUACAGCUUCUUCAAGCUCACUGAGUUCGAGUUAGCGGGGUUCUACCGUAUUCUAUAAUCAUCCGAAUAUACUUUUAUUUUCUGAAUUUAUUGAAGAAGGCGGUAGCUUAGGUAACUUGAUUCAAGUCCGACGAUAAGUUUCCUAUGACUUUUAUAGUGCUGGCGUUAUUUUUGUUGCGUCAGGUUGAAACCUGUAAUACCCAAGAAUUUAGAAAGGGAAAAGACAGUGAUCGUGGAAAGAGCAAAUAACUUGAAACUUGGAACUAUUUCCUUUGUUUUUUAGUUCAGUUUGAUUCAUUGGUUAAGUGUUAUAAAAAUUGUACCGCGUUAGAUUGACAACCUAGUGAGUGGAACCUUGAGAAACAGCCAAACAGGUCUGCGAUGAGCAAUCCGAACUAGACAUGCCAACUGUAGGGUCAUACAGUUGUUUAGUAAUAAAGAAGGUAAAAAUU